UACUGCUUGGGAGCCCGGGCACCAUGGAUUUGCCGAGCUCCCCUGGCCGGAGAAAAAACUGGACGUGGGACACGAGUUUAUUUGUUUUCACCUUGACGUUAAUCCUGUGGCAAUCGCCGGGAACCCGGGCAGCCGAUCCUGUAGAUGUUUUACAAGUGUUGCAGUUUAACAGGUUACCGGAGGGAGUAAGGACAACCACAGGCUUCUGUCCCAAAAGGAAAUCCGUCUCCAGUGCAGAUGUGGCUUACAGAAUAUCCAAAAAGGCUCAAAUCAGCGCCCCAACUAAACAGCUGUUCCCAGGAGGCACUCGGUUCCCUGAGGACUUCUCCAUCAUGGCAUUGGUGAAACCGAAAGCUGGAAACCAGGCUUUCCUACUGUCCAUUUACAGUGAGCAAGGCAUGCAGCAGGUGGGUGUGGAGCUGGGGCGGUCACCAGUCUUCCUGUACGAGGACCACAGCGGCAAACCUGCACCCGAGGACUACCCCAUCUUUGGAGGCAUCAAUCUCUCUGAUGGAAAGUGGCAUCGACUCGCUAUCAGUGUGCAGAGGAAGAAGAUCACCAUGAUUUUUGACUGCAAGAAAACUGUGACCAAACCCCUGCUCCGAAGUAACAAACCCAUCAUUGACACCAAGGGAAUUGUGGUGUUUGGAACCAGGAUUCUCGAUGAAGAAGUCUUUGAGGGUGACAUCCAGCAGCUGCUGAUUUCCUCGGACCCCCGAGCUGCCUACGACUAUUGCCAGCACUACAGUCCGGACUGCGACACCCCGCUCCCGGACUACCCCCAGAGUCAGGAACCCAGCGAGAAGGAGUAUUACUAUGACGAAGACUACGAGUAUUAUGAUUAUUACGCGGAGUUUCAGACACUUGCUCCGCCCACCAUGCCAGUGACUGAUGGAAUUGUUGGAAGUGCUGAUCCAGGGCAGGAUCCGGUAGACCCAGCUCUCUACGAAGAGGAGAUCCCCGUUGAGACCCCUGCGGCCGGGCAGGACUACGGUGACGUGCCAGUCACAGAGGACGUCCCACAAAUCAUCGAGAGUGACAUGACCAAGCAGGAGCAGGUAGACACCACCACUCCCCCACCCGAUGGAGACCUGGGGCCCGCCAAGGAGUACUUUACCGGAGAAGACGUUGACCCUGGUGACCCCAGCUAUGAUUACGACUACGUUUACAGAGAUUAUUACGAGGACCCUUUGCCCACAGAGAUUGGUCCAGGACUUCCUGUUGAGACCGAGGUGUACACAGAAGGAAUGGCUUUGAGCGGAUUGAAGGGAGAGAAAGGGGAGCCUGCAGUUGUUGAGCCCGGGAUGCUGGUUGAAGGUCCGCCUGGUCCAGAAGGCCCUGCGGGUCAGCCUGGCCCCCCAGGUCCAUCGGGACCUCCCGGACCCAUGGGCGAUCCCGGAGAGAGGGGGCGUAAUGGCCGACCUGGACUACCUGGUGCUGAUGGACUUCCUGGUCCCCCCGGCACGUCGCUGAUGCUGCCGUUCCGAUUCGGUGCGAGUGGAGGUGAUAAGGGACCGGUCGUCUCUGCACAAGAGGCCCAGGCUCAGGCUAUUCUGCAACAAGCCCGGUUGGCAUUACGAGGACCGUCAGGACCCAUGGGUUUCACAGGGCGACCCGGACCAUUGGGGAGCCCCGGUGGAACAGGACUGAAGGGAGAACGAGGAGAUAUGGGACCCCAGGGUCCACGUGGGCCUCGAGGAGCCCCAGGUCCCCCUGGCAGGUCCGGACGGAGGGGUCGCUCUGGCGCUGAUGGUUCACGCGGGAUGCCAGGCGAAUCUGGGAUUAAGGGUGACCGAGGGUUCGAUGGGCUGCCCGGCCUGCCUGGAGAGAAGGGGAACCGGGGAGAGCCCGGAGUGCAGGGACCGUUGGGACAACAAGGGGAAGACGGAGAAAGGGGAGAUGAUGGUGAGGCUGGACCCAGAGGGCUGCCAGGUGAACCUGGACCAAGAGGGCUACUCGGACCUAAAGGACCUGCUGGACUUCAAGGACCACCUGGUGUACGAGGAUCAGAUGGCCCACAUGGUCCAAAAGGAAACCUGGGGCCACAAGGAGAACCAGGACCUCCAGGGCAACAAGGGAUUCCUGGAGCUCAGGGUAUUCCUGGUCCUCAAGGAGCCAUGGGUCCCCCUGGCCACAAGGGUCCGACUGGAAAGCCUGGACUGCCUGGAAUUCCUGGUGCUGAUGGUCCUCCUGGCCACCCAGGUAAAGAAGGUCCAACGGGUUCCAAGGGCAACCAGGGUCAGUCGGGUCCUCAGGGUCCAAUCGGCUAUCCUGGGCCACGUGGUGUAAAGGGAUCUGAAGGAAUCCGAGGGCUGAAGGGCCACAAAGGGGAAAAGGGUGAAGAUGGCUUCCCAGGCUUCAAGGGAGACAUGGGCCUCAAGGGCGAACGAGGGGAGCUCGGGCCAAGUGGUCCCCGAGGAGAGGACGGACCUGAAGGCCCCAAAGGUCGGGUGGGACCUCCAGGUGACCCUGGUCCCUUGGGUGCGACAGGUGAGAAGGGUAAACUCGGAGUUCCUGGUCUCCCUGGUUACCCCGGACGACAAGGCCCCAAGGGCUCUCUUGGUUUCCCGGGAUUCCCAGGAACGAAUGGCGAGAAAGGUGCUCGGGGUUUGCAAGGCAAGUUGGGUCAAAGAGGACAGCGCGGACCUACGGGCCCACGUGGUCAACGAGGACCAAGAGGAGCAACGGGAAAACCAGGGGCAAAGGGAGGCUCAGGAACUGAUGGGCCGCCUGGUCCUUCUGGUGAACGGGGUCUUCCAGGGCCUCAAGGAGCAACAGGCUUCGCAGGACCAAAGGGACCACCUGGACCACCAGGAAAGGAUGGGCUCCCAGGACACCCUGGACAGAGAGGGGAAGUGGGUUUUCAAGGCAAGACUGGCCCUCCAGGACCACCAGGUGUAGUUGGACCUCAGGGUUCCAGUGGUGAAUCGGGACCAAUGGGCGAGAGGGGACAUCCAGGACCUCCUGGGCCACCCGGGGAGCAAGGACUAUCAGGCCCGUCUGGGAAAGAAGGCACCAAGGGUGACCCUGGCCCUCCUGGGCCCGCGGGUAAAAACGGACCCCCAGGCCUGAGAGGCUUCCCCGGUGAGACUGGAUUGCCUGGGACGGCGGGUGGAUCAGGAUUGAAAGGUGGUAUGGGUCCCCCAGGCCCACCUGGCCCAGCCGGCUCUCCUGGUGUGAGAGGGAAAGCAGGACCUGGUGGCCCCAUUGGCCUCCCAGGACGUCCAGGACCUCAGGGCCCGCCUGGCCCCGCUGGAGAGAAAGGAGUGCCGGGUGGUAAAGGCCCGAUAGGUCCGGCUGGUCGAGACGGUGUCCAAGGCCCGGUUGGUCUUCCAGGACCUGCAGGCACCCCCGGAGGCCCCGGUGAGGACGGUGACAAGGGUGAAGUGGGUGAACCUGGACAUAAAGGAAGGAAGGGCAACAAAGGUGAACAUGGUCCACCCGGUCCUCCAGGCCCCAUCGGUCCCGUUGGCCAGCCAGGUCCUGCUGGUGCCGAUGGAGAGCCUGGACCCAGAGGUCAGCAGGGGCAUUUUGGACAGAAGGGCGACGAAGGGCCCAGAGGUUUCCCAGGGUCUCCGGGUCCAAUCGGUCUACAGGGAAUGCCCGGACCUUCUGGAACGAAGGGAGAAACUGGAGAUGUUGGUCCAAUGGGUCCGCCCGGCCCUCCCGGUCCAACAGGCCCCGCUGGUCCAAAUGGGGCAGAUGGUCCCCAAGGUCCCCCCGGAGGCAUCGGCAACCCAGGCUCCAUCGGCGAAAAGGGUGAAGCUGGAGAAUCCGGUGCUCCAGGAAUCCAAGGCCUUCCGGGACGCAAGGGUCCAAAAGGCGAAAGAGGAGAAAAAGGAGAAUCUGGACAACCGGGAGAAGCUGGGCCUCCAGGCACCAAAGGGCCCACUGGCGACGAUGGACCCAAGGGCAAUCCUGGUCCUGUUGGUUUCCCCGGUGACCCUGGCCCUGGAGGUGAACCUGGACCACGUGGUCAAGACGGUGUCAAAGGUGAAAGGGGGGAGACUGGAGAGCAAGGACAAGCUGGCUCUCCUGGACCUACCGGUGAAGUGGGCCCACCAGGUCCACCAGGAAAGAGGGGACCAGCCGGAGCUCCCGGUCCAGAGGGCAGAGAGGGGGAGAAAGGAAGCAAGGGUGGGCCUGGAGCCAAGGGGCCUCCUGGGAAGACUGGUCCAAUCGGCCCGCAAGGAACCCCGGGGAAACGUGGUCCCGAGGGUCUCCGUGGUAUUCCUGGUGCUGUGGGUGAACAAGGAACUCCUGGGGUCUCCGGACAGACAGGGCCUCCUGGUCCAAUGGGCCCUCCUGGGUUACCCGGCUUGAAGGGAGACGGUGGUCCUAAGGGAGAGAAGGGUCACCCUGGCCUGAUUGGAUUGAUUGGACCUCCAGGAGAGCAGGGAGAGAAGGGCGAUCGAGGGCUUCCUGGUCCACAGGGAACAGAAGGACUUAAAGGAGACAAUGGUAUUGCCGGUGCGAGUGGUCCCAUCGGUCCUUCUGGUCCUCCAGGCAUCCCGGGCCCCCCUGGUCCGAAAGGGUCGAAAGGUUCUCAGGGUACUGCUGGUCCUAAAGGACAGCGAGGUGUUACUGGUCCUCCUGGUAUUCCUGGUCCACCAGGCGAAGUCAUUCAACCACUGCCCAUCCAGAGGCGCAAAAAGAGCAAACGCUCGGUGUCCAUCGACGGGAGUCAGAUCGAGCCAGACGAGGGGGUGAUGGGAGACGAAAUCCUCGACUAUUCCGAUGGCAUGGAGGAAAUCUUCGGGUCGCUGAACUCGUUAAAGGUGGAGAUCGAGCAGAUGCGGCACCCCAUCGGAACGAAGGAAAACCCGGCACGCACCUGCAGAGACCUGCAGCUCUGCCACGAAGAAUACAAGGAUGGUGAAUAUUGGGUUGACCCGAACCAGGGCUGCGCAGCCGACUCCUUCUUGGUUUACUGUAACUUCACCGCUGGUGGAGAGACCUGUAUCUUCCCAGACAAGAAAUCGCAAGGGGUGAAGAUGUCUUCCUGGAACAAUGAGUAUCCUGGGGCCUGGUUCAGCGAGUUCAAACGGGGAACACAGCUCUCCUACGUGGACUCAAACAGUAACCCCAUCGGCGUUGUCCAAAUGACCUUCCUGAGGCUGCUAAGUGUGUCAGCUCGCCAGAACUUCACCUAUCACUGCCAUCGCUCCGUUGCCUGGUACAACCUGGCAGCUGACAACUACGACAAGGCCAUGCGUUUCCUGGGAUCCAACGACGAGGAGAUGUCCUUCGAUAACAACCCCUACAUCAAAGCCAUUGUGGAUGGCUGCGCGCUGAGGAAAGGAAGCGACAAGACAGUCCUGGAGAUCAACACUCCGCAGGUGGAGCAGAUGCCCUUCGUCGACGUGCUGUUGACUGACUUCGCCGAACCCAACCAGAAGUUUGGAUUUGACGUGGGACCCGUCUGCUUCCAGGGAUAGAGAGAGAGAGAGAGAGAAAACACGAUGAAGGAAGGAAAAAAACACAGGCAUCCCAACCCGGCCCACCACGACUAGCCUCACUAUCACCGCCACUGACCCUACCUCCCCCCUCCUCCUCCUCUUCCUCCUCACCUCCUCCUCACCUAUAACCCGCCCUCCAGCACUUCAGGGGGAAAGAGGGCAGGGGCGAGGGGAGGGGCAAAACCUGCAGCCAGGGAUCUGCCCCCUGACCAGUGUCGUCUUCUGCCUGGACACCCUGAGAGAACAGUUACAUGUGUGUGAAAAAAAACCACACACGCACACACAAAAGCAUGGAAACCGUGUACAUUAAAUGUCCUCCUGCUUCCCCCCCCUUGCCCCCUGUAAAGACCCGUUUCCCCUGUGGUGGUAGUGUCCUGGUUUGAGGCGGGACUAUUUUGUUUUCCAGAAGACCAGCGAAAUGAGAAAUGUGUUUUUUUUUUGUUUUAAUUAAAAAUGUUCUCCAUAGAUUGUAAUAUAAAACCACGAACAGAGAGAGAGAGAGAGAGACGAUAUUAUUUAAUUCGCAAACCUGCCGUAAUUUGAUUAAAGAAAUGAUGAAUUAAGUCUGUGAAGCUUUACCCAGUAAAUAUGGUGCUCCAAAUUGUAUUUACUCUCCUUUUUAAAAGACAAAAAAAGGUGCUCAGAGUGUUAUAUGUUUGUAAGUAUUUUUUAAUUCUAAUGUAAAAUAUAUCUAUAAAUUGCUGCUUGUUGUGUUAAUUUUCUGUAUAGAAAUCGCUGAAAGGUGGCUCACGUGUGGUCUUUAACUCCCCCCUUCACUCUCCCCCCCCACCACUGUGCUUUUCUCUCUCUCCCCCAUCCCAUGGCUCACUAAUGCAUACUCUCGCUGUGUCCUGAUGCCACCUUCUCUCUCCUUCUACCUCCUCUUCCCCUCCCUCGCAUCUUAUACUGUUUGCAACCACAUACACCCUCCU